CAUCGUGACACCAGUCACAUUUGUUUCUCCACUGUGCAAGCUCGCGUGUUAAAUAAAAAAAAAAUACUAACAGGAAUAAUAUUUCAUUCAUUAUAAGUUGGAAAUAUUGAAAAAAAAAAAAAAAAAAUUGGUGAUUGUGUGGAAUUUUGAUGUGUAACUUGCCACAAUAAAAGAAAACAGACACGACGAAGUAACCUCCUUUUUGUAUAAUAAAAAUGAUUGGUGAAGUUUUAUUGCUUGCGGCUGUCACUUUAUUCAUUUGGGCCUUUUACAGAUGGGUGACAUUAAACAAUGAAUACUUUGAACGACGGCAUGUUAAGCAUAUGAAACCGAACUUUUUCGUUGGAAAUACCGGGGGAUUUUUUUUACAAAAAUAUAAUGCCAUUGAAUUUAGCGAUUUAAUAUAUAAAACAUUCCCCAAUGAAUCAAUUUACGGAAUGUUUGAUUUUCGUAUGCCGCAAUUUGUAGUCCGCAAUCCGGAGAUCAUUAAACAAAUCGGUGUCAAAGAUUUUGAAUUUUUUGAAGAUCAUCGUUCAUUCGCUGAUGAAAAAGUGGAUGCAAUGUGGGGCAAUUCAUUGUUUUUGAUGCGAGGUGAAAAAUGGCGUCAAAUGAGAGCCACACUGAGUCCAGCAUUUACCGGCAGCAAAAUGCGACAAAUGUUUGAGCUCGUUUCAGAAUGUGCUGAUGAUGUUGUUAAACAUUUUCUAGGGCGUGUAGCAAACGGCGAACAAAUCAAUGUCGAAAUGAAGGACUUUUUUUCACGCUAUACGAACGAUGUAAUUGCUUCAUGUGCAUUUGGCAUUAAAAUUAACUCGCUCUCCGAUCCAGAGAAUGAAUUCUAUAUGAAAGGCAAAACAAUAAUGGACUUUAGCGGAAUAAAAAAAAUUGCACAGAUCAUCAUCACAAAUAAAUUACCAUUACUGGCACGUGCACUUAAAUUGAAAAUGGUGGACGAUUUUUUUGCAAAAACAUUUAAAAACUUAAUUCUUGAAACGAUGGAGGUUCGAAAAAGUCGCAAUAUAUUUCGGCCCGACAUGAUCAAUAUUCUAAUGCAAGUGCGUGAAGGAAGUUUGAAAUAUCAAAGUGAUGAAAAGUCGACAAAAGAAAAGGAAGGAUUUGCAACGGUUGAAGAAUCUCACGUUGGACAAGUGUCGGUCAGCCGAAAAUGGAGUGAUGAUGAGAUCGUAGCUCAAUGCUUCCUAUUCUUUUUAGCCGGCUUUGAAACAUCGUCGACAUUGCUAACCUUCACUUCGCAUGAGCUCGUCGCAAAUCCGGAAAUUCAGCAAAAACUUUACGAAGAAAUCAGGGAUGUAAAUGAUCAAUUGGACGGGAAACGAAUUAAUUAUGAUAUACUUCAGAAAAUGAAAUAUUUGGACCAAUUUAUAUGCGAAACCUUACGAAAGUGGCCACCUGCUAUUCAAGUGGAUAGAGUCUGUGUGAAAGAUUACACAUUUGAUAAUGGUGAAGGCUUAAAAUUCAAAGUUGAAAAAGGAACGGCAUUUCUAUUUCCAAUAUUUGGCAUUCAACAUGAUCCCAACUAUUUUCCGGAACCUGAGAAGUUUGACCCUGAACGAUUUAGCGAUGAAAAUAAAAACAGCAUUCAACCAGGAACAUAUAUACCUUUUGGAAUCGGGCCAAGAAAUUGUAUCGGUUCACGUUUUGCAUUAAUGGAGGUAAAGGCAAUCUUGUAUUAUUUACUAUUAAACUUUUCGUUUGUGGCCAAUGAAAAGACAGAAAAUCCCUUGGAACUGAAGAAAAUACCAUUUAGCUUAAGCUUAAAAAAUGGAAUGCAUUUGGAAUUGAAACCAAGAAAAAACAUGAUCGGAGAGUUGCUAUUGCUAAUCGGCAUUGCAUUAAUUUCCUAUGCAAUUUAUACUUUUAUCGCGAAUUCUUCACGGUAUUUUGAGCAAAGAAAUGUGAAAUAUAAAGGUAUAUCAUUUACUUUGUCUAAUCUGUACUCGAUGUUCAGUGGAAAAUUCAACGCCUUUGGACAAGCUCAAACACUCUACAAUGCCUGUCCCGAUGACCCCGUUUACGGUGUAUUUGAUUUUUCAAUUCGUCAGUAUAUUUUUCGUGAUCCAGAGGCUUAUAAACGAAUCGCCAUCAAAGAUUUCGAAUUUUUUGAAGACCACCGAGUACUUAUUGAUGAAAAAACUGAUGCUUUAUUCGGUAACAGUUUAAUUGCAUUGCAUGGUGAAAAAUGGCGUCAAAUGCGAGCCACACUAAGUCCAGCAUUCACUGGCAGCAAAAUGCGUCUCAUGUUUGCGCUUGUAUCAGAAUGUGCCGACGAAAUAAUGAAACAUUUUUUAAAACAAACCGAAAAUGGUGAAAAAAUCAACAUUGAAAUGAAAGAUUUCUUUUCACGUUACACAAACGAUGUGAUUGCUUCCUGUGCCUUUGGAGUUAAAGUAAAUUCAUUCACUCAACCAGAUAAUGAGUUCUUUUUAAACGGAAAGAAACUGAUGAAUUUCACCAGCUUUACAACUUCGGUUAAAUUUAUCAUAACCCUGGUCAUACCAAAACUGGCAAAACUCUUGAAAAUUCGGCUCAUUGAUGCUACACUUUCGAAUGAUUUUAAAUACAUGAUUUUGGAUACGAUGACAAUGAGGGAAAACAACAAUAUUCAUCGACCGGAUAUGAUAAAUAUGCUGAUGCAAGUUCGUGAAGGAAGCUUACAAUAUCAAAGUGAGGAAAAAUCAAAUGAAACGACCGAAGGAUUUGCAACAGUCGAAGAAUCAGAAAUAGGAAAGAUCAACGUAGCUCGUAAAUGGAAUGACGAUGAAUUAGUUGCUCAGUGCUUUUUAUUUUUUUUGGCUGGUUUUGAAAGUGCUGCAACCGCACUUACUUUUGCCGCACACGAGCUUUUGAUCAAUCCCGAUAUUCAACAGAAGUUGUAUCAAGAAAUCGCCGAUGUCAAUGAGCAACUGAAUGGAAAACGAAUUAGCUACGAUACACUUCAAAAGAUGAAAUAUUUGGAUCAAGUUGUGUCAGAAACAUUGCGAAAAUGGCCCAUUGCCGUUCAAACCGAUCGCACUUGCGUCAAGGACUAUGUGUAUGACGAUGGAGAAUUGAAGUUUGAAAUUGAAAAAGGAUCGAAUAUUCUAUUCCCCGUUUACGGAUUACAUCACGACCCAAAGUAUUACCCAGACCCAGAAAAAUUUGACCCGGAGCGAUUCAACGAUGACAAUAAACAUGACAUUUUACCAGGUACCUAUGUACCAUUUGGACUGGGACCGAGAAAUUGCAUUGGUUCUCGUUUCGCCUUGAUGGAAUUGAAAGCGAUUUUAUACUAUUUGCUGUUGAAUUUUUCAUUUGAACCAAACAAAGAUACCCAAAUCCCACUGAAAAUGAAGAAGGGCUUCUUCUUAGUAACCGAGAAAGGUGUAAAUUUGGAACUGAAGCCAAGAAACCAUAAAUGACAUCAUCAAAGCACAAAAUACAAUGAUUAUAUAUAGUAAUGUGCUGUUAUAUUUUUCAAAUAAAAAAUAAGUUCAAGUUAUCAUACUUUUUA